GGCAGCUUCCAAAGUCUGGGUAGAUCAUCAUCCCGGACUUUGGCAGACCACCUCAGUAGGCUGUUGCAGGGCUCUGUGGCUACAGCAGUGAUAUCAAUUAUUGAUCCAACCUCAAUUAUCAAUCCAAUGGUGAUCAUCAACUCAAGCUUUGUGGGCCGUCCUGAUAUACUUAAUCUUCCGACACUAAGAACUUACAAAAACCCAGAGAAAGCAAGAUCAUGA